ACGACCUCAUCGUCAUCUCAUCACCCAAAGCAACAGACUCAUCAUGGCCGACGCAGCAGAAGAGAACACUCACGUAUCUGAGCCCCUCGACCUGGUCAAGCUCCUUCUUGACGAGGUCGUCUUCGUCAAGCUGCGAGGUGACCGCGAGCUGAAGGGCAGGCUACAUGCGUACGACAGCCAUUGCAACAUUGUGCUCGGAGAUGUCGAGGAGACAAUCUAUGUGGUAGACGAGGAUGACGACGAGGAGGAAGCCAAGACCAUCAGCCGCAAGUCUGAGAUGCUUUUUGUUCGAGGCGAUAGCGUUGUCUUGAUAUCUCCCCACGGAUCUUCUUGAGGAAGCAGCUACGGCAGCAUAUGAGAGAUGCUACGGAACCAAGUGCUCCACUGCCUCGCCUUAUCGCCGAUUCGAGGAACGACAGAUUUCCACAAGCAGUGAUAGCCUCGACGAGACAAGCGCAUACGGCGGAGGACUGUUCGACGCCGGCCUGUGUCAUGAAGUUGAAGCCAUUCAAACUCAACACCUGACUGGCAUGCUCAACAGUACUCCGCGAUGAUGGAUUGAAGCGCCCAAGGCCUGGCAGCUAAAGCCUAGCGGCCAAGCAAUCAGCAAGGGCGCAUGUUGGCUGUACACUCACAGCACAUCAAUGCAAACAUCUUUUAAGCG